UGACAAGCAGAGCGCGCUUCGAUCACUUGUGAAACGAGAAUGGCGUGUUUGGGUUAGGUAUAUAAGCGGAAAAUUCACAAUUUCAAUUUUAAUGACUCGAAUAAUGAACAAAAAUCAAGUUAAAUAAACUCAACACAGUGUUUAUUAUUGUAGAGUUUUAAACAUAUACAAUAACAACAAUGGAGGUCGAAUAUCUAACGAAAGAACAAUUGGAAGGUUUUGAUAAGUACAAGUACAGUUGCAAAGACACUGGCCCUCUCAGCAUUUACGUCAUGCACCCCUUCUGGAACUGGUUAGUUCAAUUUUUCCCCCGUUGGGUGGCCCCAAACUUGAUGACUUUCUCAGGAUUUAUUCUCGCUGUUGUAACAUUUUUACUAUUCACUUGGAAGGAUUACAGUUUUUACGCUUCCGACCCGGACCAUCCAGAAUACCCAGCGCUCCCCCAAUGGACGUUUACAGUGGCAGCUUUAUUUUUAUUUUUAGCGUACACUUUAGAUGGCAUCGAUGGGAAGCAAGCCCGCAGGACCGGCUCCAGUGGCCCCCUGGGAGAAUUAUUUGAUCACGGGUUGGAUUCUUUCACAGCCGGAUUGAUUCCGGUCUCCGCGUAUUCUCUUUUCGGUCGCGGUUCCAAAUACAGCAUCAUUCCAUUUCGAAUGUUUUUCAUCUUGUGGAAUAUUUUAUACAAUUUUUAUUUGUCCCAUUGGGAGAAGUACAAUACGGGUGUCUUAUUCUUGCCUUGGGGCUACGAUUUCUCAAUGUGCGGAACCAUUUUAAUGUUUCUAAUAGCCGGGGUCACGGGACACGAAAGUUGGCAGUUUGUUUUACCUGGGGGAAUCACAACAGGCCUCAUGUUUGAAAUUUUGAUAUACAACAUGGCUCUGGUCACAAAUAUACCUGUCAUACUUUACAAUAUUUAUAUAUCCUAUAAGGACAAAACUGGACAUAUGAGAACGUUUGGUGAAGCGAUGAGGCCUCUAGUUCCUGUCACACUGUUUUUUUUUCUUACUUUAAUGUGGGUCAUAUAUUCACCUGGAAAUAUUAUUGAGAGGGAUCCCAGAGCAGUUUUUGUUAUAAUUAGUACGAUUUUUUCAAAUAUUUGCUGCCGACUAAUCGUGGCUCAGAUGAGCAAUACAAGAUGUGAAAUUUUUAAUUGGAUUUUGGUUCCUACAACUUUUAUUAUUUUCCUUUGCAUCUGGAUGAAUAGCCCUAUGAUUGAGCUGUUACUGACGUACAUUCUAUGUAUUUUAAGUACAAGUGCACAUAUCCAUUACGGAACUCAUGUUGUGCAGCAAAUGUGUAAACACUUCCGAAUCAAUUGUUUUAGUAUACAGAAACCCUCAGAUUGACUAGUUACAGACAUCGCCUGAUUUUGCUGUAUUUCAAGCAUUUAUUUAUUUUUAAGAAUCCAUCUUACAUCACAGUCAAAAAAAUUGUGUUAUUAAUUAUUAGGUGUCUGGCUUUACCCAAAGACUAUUUUCGCUUUUGAAUAAUUUAUAUUUAUUGUAAAUAUGACAAGGAAAAUACUCAAAACAGAAACAUGCCUGUAAUUUUACUUUUUAAAUAAAAUUAACAUGUGCCAUUGUGA